AUGAGCACUAUGACAGCAAUGGAUGCAAGCCAAACAGUUGGAAAUCUGUCCAAUAUUUUCCAAGGAGUAACUGCUAUGGCCCCUUCUACAACCAGUGGAUCAACUGAAGGAUACAAUAUAAUAGGAACAUUUGGGGAUUACUUUAAGCCACAUUGCUGGUCAAAGAAUUGUAAAGAACUAGUUAAUUAUGAAGGUUAUAUAAAAUAUAAAAGGUGUCAUAAUGAUGAUUUUGGAUCUUAUAAUUGUCUUUUAAAGGACCACAGUUUAGAUAUUAAUUCAAUUAAUUUGGAUGAUGAAUUGAAAAUCAAAGAAGCAAUAGGGUUAAGUGCUUCUAGACAAUGGUAUUUAUAUGACCAAAUAUGA